AUGAGACUCCAAUUCCUAGCCGCGGUUUUAGCCGCUUGCGUCACAGCCCAACAACAACUCUGGUCCUCCCCUGAACAGACGUCACCUCAAAAACGAGACUCAUGCGACGGCCCGUCUGCCGGUAGCCCCAAGACGUGGUGGCGUUCGGAAAUCAGCCACAACGGGACUACACCACAUGCCGCCGACACAACAUACGAGUACUACCGCGAUGUGGUCAAGUACGGCGCCGACCCGACCGGCCAGGAGGACUCGUCCGAGGCGUUCAACCGUGCCAUCAACGCAUGGAACCGCACGGGCAACACCGUCACCACUAUGCCUGCCUACGUGUACAUCCCCCCGGGCGAGUAUCUCAUCAACGGAUCCAUCCAAAUGCUCGUCAACACCUACCUCGUCGGUGACGCGGUCGACCUGCCCAAGCUGGUCGCCCACCACACCAUGUGGGAGGAUCCUGUCAUCCUCGGUUACGACGCCUACCAAGGGGAAGGCGGCUCGACCAAGAACUUCUACAUGGCCGUCCGCAACCUGCACAUCAACACAACCACGGUGCCGCUUGGGGCGCGUGCCCGCGCGAUCGAGUGGUCCGUCUCGCAAGGCUGCAGCCUGACAAAUGUGCAUGUGACCAUGGCGCAUGGGGCAGCGCACGUUGGCGUGUCCAUGGACCACGGCGGGUCGGGCACCAUCAUUUCGGACUGCUCGUUUACCGGUGGGGAGACCGGGGUGGAACUAUACGGCCAGCAGUAUAUGCUCAAAAAUUUGCGGUUUGAUAAAGUUAUCUUGGGGAUAUCGGUCAUCAAAUCGCAUGUGACGACGGUUCAGAACUGCACCUUCACGGACUGUCAUCACGCGAUUUACGCGGACGAACCGCAUAGCAGCGGGACCAUGUCGGUUGUCGAUUGCAUCGUUCGCAGGGGCUACGAGGCUAUCUGGACUGAUGUGUCGGGCAACGGCGAAGGGUCGUUGAUCUUGGAGGGGUUUGAGGUCGGAGGUACAGGUACAUUGCCGGUCAAGUCAUCCGAGGGCAAGAAGCUGUUGCGCAAUUCUGUUCCUGCUGGGCAGGUCUGGGUGAUGGGAAAUACCAAUCCCGACGGUUACCAGUCCAACAAGACAUACUCCAUCUCGCGGCCGGCUGAGUUGUUAGUGGACGGGAAAUACUUUACCGCUCCUGCGCCACAGUAUGAAACGUACGAUCGCAGCCAGAUCGUCAGCAUAACGGAGGACCCCGACCAUCCCGUCUAUGGAGACAACUCCCACGACGACGGCCCCUCGAUCAACGCCAUCCUAGCCAAGCACGCCAACUGCAAGAUCGUCUUCUUCCCGCAGGGCAUCUACCGCACCAACACCACCAUCCACGUGCCCCCGGGCUCGCGCAUCACCGGCGAGGUCCUCAGCAUCAUCUCCGGCGCCGGCGCCCACUUCUCCAACGCUUCCAACCCGCAACCCGUCCUCCGCCUCGGCAACCCCGACGACCGCGGCGUCGCCCACCUCAGCGAUCUCCUGGUAACCGUUGCAUCCCCGCUCCCCGGCGCCGUGCUCCUGCAGAUCAACAUGGCCGGCCCGAAACCAGGCGACGUCGGCGUGUGGAACACCGUCCUGCGCGUCGGCGGCGCUGUGGACUCGUCAGUGUCCACGCAGUGUGGUAACCCGGACCCAUCGUUCUGCCUGGCUGCCUUUGCCUUACUGCACAUGACGGAAUCCUCGUCGGCUUACGUUGAAAAUGUCUGGGGCUGGGUGGCUGACCACAGCUUGGACGCACCGGACUCUGACCCGCCGCAGAACAUCGCCGUCGGUCGCGGCGCGUUGGUGGAGAGUAAGGGCCCUAGCUGGUUGGUCGGGACGUCGUUUGAGCACUGCGUGUUGUACCAGUAUGCGUUGCACGGUGCGGAGAAUCUCUACAUCGGGCAACACCAGAGCGAGAGCGCGUACUGGCAAGGGCCCGGGACACCGGUUAAAGCGCCGGCGCCGUGGAAGCCGAACGCGGCGUUGGGUGAUCCAGGGUUUGAAAACUGCGCGAAGGACGACGAUGCGUGUCGGCGCUCGUGGGGGUUGUAUGUGAAGGGGGUCAAGGAUGUGGUGGUUCAUGGGUCGGCCAUGUGGAGUUUCUUCCAUGGGAUGAACGAUAACCUGUUCGGCGACCCGGAGUGCACUUCGACGGGUGGCAUCUGCCAGACGAACAUGGCGUAUAUCGAGGAUGCUAAGAGCAUGUGGUGGUUCUCGGCGAGCAGCAAGGCGGCCGAGAACUUGGUGUUGAACGUGGGUGGUGGGCCGGAAUCGACUAAGAACGUAAAUGUGUCGUCUCAAAAGGACUACCCAGGCGCGUGGGGGGCGGUUAUGGUCGACGAUAACGAGGGAGAUGAUUCUGGGGGGAUCAGACUGACUCCGGGGUUAGGGUUAGCUGUGGCCGUCUUGGCGAUGACGCUGUCGUUGUUUGCGUAA